AUGCAAAAAACACCAUUUUCAUCAAAUUAUAAAGUUAAUGCAUUUUGCCAGAAAUGCCUUAAACAUGGACAUUGGACUUAUGAAUGCAAAAAUUCUAUUAUCUAUAAAUCUCGUCCAACUAGAACACAAGAACUUAAAAAUGCUAUGUUACAAAAAAAUUUAAAAAAAUAA